AUUUCUACGUUGCACGUGUCGACACGUGAACUCCAUAGCAUCGAAGUCCGACGCCUCGACAAGUAUAUGAUAUAAUUCCCUUUCCCUCCCACGGUCCCACCCACCUAGGCAACCCGACAGGACAGAGCCGCUCGCCAUGCCCGGGCACGAGCACCGGACUGAAUACCAGUGUGAUCGGGAGAACCGGACCGAGUCACAGAGUCCGUAUAGCUUCUCGCUCCCCAAAUUGUCAACAAUGGCGAGAAGGCGAAGCUCCCCGGCGACUUUCUUCUUCUUCAUGCUUGUCUGUCUCGUGGCCUUCGCUGCCUUCGCUCCUCUGCCUUCUCUCGCUUCAUCUUUUCGCCGCAAACCAGUUAAUGCUCGAAAGUUUGAGAUCGCUGAUGAUAUGUUUUGGAAAGAUGGUCGGCCUUUCCAGAUAAUUGGUGGCGACUUGCACUAUUUCCGGGUUCAUCCUAAGUACUGGGAAGAUAGGCUGUUGAGUGCAAAGGCAUUGGGCUUGAAUACUAUUCAAACUUAUGUUCCUUGGAAUUUGCAUGAACCAAGACCUGGUGAACUGGAUUUUGAGGGUAUUGCAGAUAUGAUAUCAUUUCUCAAACUCUGCCAGAAGCUUGGUUUCCUUGUGAUGCUUCGAGCUGGGCCAUAUAUUUGUGCAGAAUGGGACUUCGGAGGUUUUCCUCCUUGGUUACUUGCCAUAAAACCAGCUGUCAACCUACGAUCAUCAGAUCCUUCAUUCCUUCAGUUGGUGGAAAGAUGGUGGGGGAACCUGCUUCCAAUGGUAGCUCCUCUUCUUUAUGGCAACGGAGGCCCUAUUAUAAUGGUUCAGAUUGAGAAUGAAUAUGGUUCAUUUGGAGAUGACAAAGCUUAUCUGCAUCGCCUGGUUGAAUUGGCUAGAGUACACCUUGGAGACAACAUAAUUUUGUAUACAACAGAUGGAGGUUCUAGAGAACUCUUGGAGAGAGGAACUAUACGUGGAGAUAUGGUUUAUUCAGCUGUCGACUUCGAGACUGGUGCUGAGCCAUGGCCCAUAUUCGAGUUGCAGAAGGAGUUUAAUGCCCCUGGGAAAUCACCAGCACUUUCUGCUGAGUUUUAUACAGGCUGGCUUACACACUGGGGAGAGGAAAUUGCAAAAACUGAUGCCAAUUCUACAGCAGCUGCCUUGAAGAAAAUUUUGUCACGAAAUGGUUCUGCUGUGCUUUAUAUGGCUCAUGGUGGAACAAAUUUUGGAUUUUAUAAUGGUGCAAAUACUGGAGCCGAUGAGUAUGAUUACAAGCCUGACCUUACUUCCUAUGAUUAUGAUGCACCCAUUAAGGAAUCGGGUGACAUGAACAGUGCAAAGUUCAAAGCAUUGCAGAGGGUUAUAAAACAACACAGUGCAGCAUUUCAUCGCUCAAUUCCUUACAAGAAGAAGAUGAAGGCGGGUUAUGGAUCAAUCCAAUUACGGAAAACUGCAAGCUUGUUUGGUUUACUUGAUCUUGUGGACUCUGUUGAUGUAGUUGAAUCUGAAGAUCCACUUCCAAUGGAGUCUGUAGGUCAGAUGUUUGGAUUUCUUUUGUAUAUAACUGGAUACACUGCAAUGGACAGCAUCAGUACUCUAUUCAUACCAAAGGUGCAUGACAGAGCUCAAGUAUUUCUUUCUUGGACUGAAAAUAAUGGAGGAAGACCAACAUAUGUUGGUACAAUUGAAAGAUGGUCCAAUCAAACAGUUCGCUUACCAAAUGUUCAAUGUGGCUCCAAUGUCAGCAUGUUUAUUUUGGUUGAAAACAUGGGCCGUGUAAAUUAUGGAAAACACAUGUUUGACAGGAAGGGUAUUUUAUCUUCUGUUUAUCUGGAUGGAAAUAAACUGCAUGGAUGGAAGAUGGUAUCAAUUCCCCUUCACAACUUAAAUGAGGCGCAGAAAAGGAAUCCUAUUAUCUCACUUGUACAUUCUGGAUUUGUUGAAGUACCUGCACAUGAAACAUUAAGAGGAGACAUUUCAGAGGAACCUGCAUUCUAUGCUGGUCAUUUUGUGGUUGAUGAAACUAGUCAAGUUAAAGACACAUUCAUGUCAUUCAGUGGUUGGGGUAAAGGGAUUGCAUUUGUCAAUGAGUUUAAUAUAGGAAGAUUUUGGCCGUCACAUGGACCACAGUGCAACCUGUAUGUCCCUGCUCCAGUCCUCCAACAUGGCGAAAAUGUUGUGGUAAUUCUUGAGUUGGAGUCCCCAAACCCUGAACUUGUGGUUAGCUCAGUUGAUCAGCCCGACUUCACAUGUGGCUCUAGAAGCUCUAAUUUACAUCCGCUCUAGUGCCACAUGCAUUUCUUGGGUUUCCUGGCCGUUCCUGAAAUGUGGAAUAGUUAAAGGAAUCCAGUUGGCAGAAAGAUAUAGCACCCUGUUAGCUGCAGCUUAAGGAUUGAUAUCAAGAUCAUUCAUGUCAGAUCCCGAGACUUUGCAACACAUCCUUUGGAGAACUUGUUUGGAGAAGAGAAGCUUGGAAGAAGGAGAAGCAAACCUUGUCUCCUCGUCUCUUUCAUUGAUUUAUUUUUUGUUCUCUUUUCUCCUGGAAGAUGACUGUCUUUUACUCUUGUUUCGUGCCUGAUUUGUUUGUUUAUAAGGGAGGGGAGUGUGGAGAAAUGAAUCAUUUUAUUAUUUUUAGACUGGUUUUUGUGUUGUGUUGCAUAAAAUGCCAAUACUUUGAUGAAUAUUUUAAACUAAUGGCACCAUUUACAUGGUGUUGAAUUAUUGGGUUUUAAUGCCCCUAUAUAUAUAGUACUGCCAAUUUAGAGA